AUGCCUUCAUCAGAUGAUCAGUCACUAGCAUCGCUGCUUACCGCGGAGCAGCGACGAGAUCUUGCAACCCUGAUUGCAACCACCACAGUUCAGAUGCGCACCAGCAUCACUCGCGGCUUCGAAUCCCAAAAUCUCACUGCUGGACAAAAGACAACGCAAAGCCUAGAAAGUUCAGGUCAAGAUGUUCCAAAGGAACAACCAGCUGUCUCAGAGAAUGCAAGCUCCUCAGACCAUUCCAAUUUAUCAAGUACCGAAUUCUAUAAACUUCAGUCUGCAGCACUGGCCUUCUUCGACACCUGGCGAGACAAAGUAAUCCACCGGGUCAAAGAAGUCCUCGAGUCGGAGUCCCAAUCGUCCAAAUCCAAAGAUCCAGCUCACGCGCAAGAAGUCGCUAAUGCCGCAGCCGAAGAAGGACCACCUUCAAUUCCAUCCGAGAAAGCAGCUACCGAUGCCCUCUUAGCAGUCUACCCGCCAAUCUCGACGCCAUUAUCCCAUCUCAGCUAUGGCGAGCGCCUCACGAUACUCAACGCCAUCCUCCUUCUCCUGCUUAGUCUGGAAUCAUACACAGCUCACUCUCGCACCCUGCUCCUGCGUCUCUCCUCCUCGCUCCACAUUCCCGCUGCUCGCCUCACCCAGAUGGAAAAGGAUAUCGCAGUCGGCCUCCUGACUGCGGCGUCGCAAAUGGAUGCUUCCUCCUCCACAUCCGCAGCUCAACAAGCAAAUGCUACAGCAAGGAAGUGGAAAGUCGGCCUUGCGUCUGUCGCAGGCGCUGCACUCAUCGGCAUCACAGGAGGCUUGGCUGCUCCGCUUGUUGCAGCAGGGGUGGGAGGACUCAUGGGUGGACUGGGAUUGGGUGCGACGGCUGCGGCUGGAUAUCUGGGGGCCUUGGCGGGAUCGGGAGUGCUGGUAGGGAGUUUGUUUGGUGCAUAUGGCGGGCGAAUGACUGGGAAGAUGAUGGAUGAGUAUGCGAGAGAAGUGGAGGAUUUUGCAUUUCUACCAUUGAACGACGAACAGCAUAACCAUGCACAUCUAGUCGAACAAGCCAGGCACAAAUUGGAAGCACUUAACAAGGAAGCGGAAAAGCAGAAAGAAAAGGAGAAGAGAAGACUGAGAGUGACGAUCGGCAUCUCUGGCUGGCUGACAACGAAGUCCGAGGUAUUGACUCCCUGGCACGUUCUGGGCGAUGGAGGCGAACCCUUCGCACUGCGAUGGGAACUCGAGGCCCUCCUCGCCCUUGGCCACGCCAUCCAAGGAGCCGUUGAGAGCUACGCCUGGUCUUAUAUCAAAGUCGAGUUGCUGAAGCGCACCGUGCUAGCCGGUCUCAUGGCAGCAACCUGGCCUCUCCAUUUCCUCAAAUUCAGCAAAGUCCUUGACAACCCCUUCAGCAUUGCAAAAUCUCGCGCGGACAAGGCUGGCGCCAUUCUAGCCGAUGCCUUGAUCCACAAAGCGCAGGGCGAGAGGCCAGUGAGUCUGGUGGGAUACUCGCUUGGGGCACGAGUUAUCUACAGCUGUCUGAAGACUUUGGCGGAGAGAAAGGCAUUCGGAUUGAUCGACUCCGUCGUCGUGAUGGGUGCACCAAUGCCGAGUGAUGUCGGGGACUGGAAGAUGAUCCGAAGUGUCGUUAUGGGCAGGCUAGUGAAUGUCUACUCGGAGAAAGACUAUAUCCUGGGCUUUCUGUACCGGACGAGCAGUAUUCAAUUCGGUGUUGCCGGUUUGCAGGCAGUGGAAGGCGCUCAAGGGGUAGAGAACGUGGAUGUCAGUGAGAGCGUGACAGGCCAUCUCAGGUACCGAUAUAUGGUCGGUCAGCUGCUGAGAGAGGUGGGUUGGGCGGACCUGGAUGAUACUGCGAUUGCGGCGGAGGAGCAUGCGCUGAGGAAGGUGAAAGAAGAGGAGCAGAAGAUUGAAGAUGAAGCGAAGAAGAAGGGAGAAGGGCAGGACGGUGGGAAGAGGGAUGAACAGCAGGCUGAGGAGGAUGUGCAGAGGUUGGAAGAGAGAUUGGCUGCGAAGAUGAAGUUGGGGGACGAGGCUGAGAGUGAUGGAAAAGGUGAGACGGCACAACAAGGACCUGCCUGA